AUGGCCGACCCAUCAAUUGCAUAUGUCUCGCAGACCACGUCUGAUUCUGGGCUACAUAUCCAGCUUCACCCUCUGGUUCUUCUCUCAGUCUCUGACCAUCUCACACGACAUGCUGCGCGAAAACAGCAAGGCCCGGUGAUUGGCGCUCUGCUUGGCCAGCAGAACGGCCGGGAAAUAUCAUUAGAGCAUGCUUUUGAGUGCAAAGUUGUCAGCGGACCAAAUGGAGAGCUACUACUCUCGCAGCCAUGGUUUGACGAGAGGCUGAAGCAAUUGAAGGAUGUACACAAAGAGCCUGCCCUUGAUCUCGUGGGGUGGUGGUCGACCGCUCCCCCAACCGGCCCGGACUCCUCUCAUAUUCCGAUCCAACGACAGGUCCUCCAAGACUACAAUGAGUCGGCAGUUUUCCUUGCAUUCCAUCCAUCGCAGCUCCAGUCGGCUUCAGAAAGGGGAGGAAAGCUUCCCAUCACAAUCUACGAAGGUGGUCUCGAUAGCGAACGUGCGGCGGAUGGCGACCGGACAAUGCAGGUGGACGGCGAGGAACCCUCCCUCCAGAUUCGGUUCCAGGAACUGCCGUAUACGGUUGAGACUGGCGAGGCCGAGAUGAUCGGCAUCGAGCAUAUUGCUCAGGGCGGUGGGAACGCGGCGUCGUCGUCGUCAUUAGGCAAGAAAAACGAGAGCAGCGCAGAUGACGACAGGAGUAAUGUCGGUGUACUCACCGAGGAGGAGGAAGAGAUGAUUGCCAGCCUCAACACUCGACUAAACGCUAUUCGAAUGCUGGAAUCCCGCAUCUCGCUCAUCAAAGCGUACCUGUCGAAUAUCUCUUCCACCACCACCACCACCCCCCCCCCUGGAUCCGCCGAUCAGAAGCAAUCCUCGCCGCCAAGGGACCCUACCAUGCCCCCACUUUCCCACCCCAUCCUACGGGAGAUUAAUUCCCUCCUCGCACAUCUCUCCCUCCUGAGUCCAGGCGAGCAGAGCGGGUUCACCGCCGAGUCACUCGCCCAGACCAACGACGUCCUACUCGUCUCGCUUCUUGGCCAACUCGGCCAGGGCAUCAAGAGCAUGCGCGAGCUCGGCCGCAAGUCCGCCAUCGUGCAGAAUACGCGCCAGAACAUUGCGUCCCGCAAGUCGCAGAUGGCCGCCAUGCAGACCCGGCUGCAGAAUCCGUACUCGACGGGCGGGAGCGGGAAUGUCGGCGGGAUGUACGUUGAUUGA